AUGUAUGCUCAGGUUUGUACAAGACUUGACAUUGCUUUUGCUAUUAGCAUGUUAGGAAGAUAUCAAAGUAAUCCAGGAAUUAUCCAUUGGAGAGCUACAAAGAAGGUCUUAAGGUACCUUCAAGGGACCAAGGACUUCAUGCUUACAUAUAGACGAAUCGACAAUUUGAAAAUUGUUGGAUACUCAGAUUCAGACUUGGCGGGAUUAUCUUGGAAGAGUGCAAAACAAUCACUUGUAGCCACUUCUACCAUGGAAGCCGAGUUUAUUGCUUGUUUUGAGGCUACAUCACAAGGUGUUUGGUUAAAGAAUUUCAUCUUUGGGCUUAAGAUUAUGGAUUGUAUCUCUAGGCCAUUGAGAAUAUAUUGUGAUAAUUCAGCUGCUAUAUUUAUGGCUAAGAAUAAUAAAAGUAGUAGUCGAAGUAAGCACAUCGAUAUUAAGUACUUAGCCAUUAAAGACCAAGUUAGGUCUAAUGAGGUAUAG